AUGGUACUGGCGUCAUGAACCUCACUGAACACCUGGGUCUCCUCCGUCGUCUCUUCUUCGCCUGGUUUCGAUUUCUCCCCGAGCUUGAAUUCGGGUCUUCGUUUUUUAUCGUGGGUUUUAUGACAGAACAGUCUCGCCGGCGCUGCCGUGGCCGAAGUUUCUCUAUCGUUGUCUGUGUGUUAUUCGAGGCUCGCUGGCGUCACCUCUGACAGCUCUUGAGGUUGGCAGGUCGUCGAGACGGAGAAGCAGCAGCCGGAGCGGAGAGCGGUGCUGACGGCGCCGCUCUCUCUGGAAGGCGGGCUGACGGCGGAACACCGGACCCCGACCAUCGUCCAGCGCGUCCUCGGCCUCUUCCGCAGCGUUCGACCGGGAACCGAUCUCACCCACUUCCAGGUGACCCUCACCCCCGUCCUCCCCCAUUAUUCCCUCCUCUUCGGUUGGGGUUUCUGCCCUCAUGUGAUCAUCCCCUGCCUUCCCAUGCAGCUUCCCCCGCAGUUCAACCUGCCCAAGUCCCAGCUCCAGUGCUACGGGGAGUCCGUCUACUGCAUCGCUGGGGACAUACUGAGGCAAUGCGCCAGAGGGGAGACCAGCCUGGAGAGGCUCACCGCCGUGGUGGCCUGGAGCAUAUCGAUGGUCAGACCUCUCGCCUUCGGCCAGGCUCCCUUCAACCCAGUCCUCGGCGAAACCCAUCACGUCUCCAGAGGAUCCCUCAACGUCCUCCUCGAACAGGUCCCCUCUCUCCCUCCUUCCCUGACUCCCGCUCUGAAUCAUCAAAACAUCUCGUCGUUCUGCUGAAUCCCUCCUCUCCUCCUGCAGGUCUCCCAUCAUCCUCCCGUCUCCGCCCUCCACGCGACGGACGCUGAGGCGAAGGUGGAGCUCGUCUGGUGCCAGAACGCCGUUCCCAAAUUCAACGGCAAGCUCACCCCUCCCCCCCUCCCUUCUCCGUCCUUCCUCCGCCAGCGAGGGCCGGAAAACUGACCGAGCGAGCUCUCCACUUCCAGGCACCAGCGUGGAAGUUGUAAUCAGAGGGGAGAGGCGGCUGAACCUGCUGAGCCACGGCGAGAGCUACGAGCUGAGCGUGCCGGCGCUUAUGAUCAAGUUCCUGCCGGUGCCGGGCACCGAGUGGUCGGGCAUCGUCCGCAUCCGGUGCAGGGAAUCGGACCUCGAGGCCGAGCUCUGCUACCACCGGAGCCACUCCUUCCUCGGCCUGGGCGGCAACUCCCGCGCAGUCAAGGGGAAGAUCUUCCGCUCCCAGACGGGGGAAACCCUCCGCGAGAUCCACGGUCACUGGAACAGGUACUCACAGAGAUCUAAAAUUAUAGACACCCUAGAUUAACAUCCUGCUCGAGUCAACGCCUCGGCUUCAUAUAAUUGCACCCGUUUUUAUAUCCUCGGCACUCCACAACAGCAAGAUCACGAUGAAGGAUGUGUUCAGCGGGAAGAUCUCCGUCCUUUACGACGCAAAGGAGGCCAUCUCCAAGCUCCAUCCUCCCAUUCUCAAGGACCCGAAGGUGAGGAAGCCCACCACCGUUGACUUAUUUUCGAUCAAUAUGCGGGGAAAAUAAUUCAUGGGUUUCUCCGCGGGUGUUCUGAUUCGUCCAGGGUUUGCUGUCGACGGAGUCGGCGGUUGUGUGGGCGGAUGUCAGCGAGGCCGUGGUGGGCAGGGACUGGGACCGAGCGAGGGUAGCGAAGCGGAGGGUGGAGGAGCGCGAGAGGCGGCUGCGGGCGGAAAGGGAUGCCAGCGGCGAGAUCUGGGCACCCAGAUUCUUCAGGGUGACGCCGAACAAAGACGGCGGCUGGGAAUGCCGCCCCAUCGCCCCCGAGGUCCCACCGGCUCCCAUCGUCGUCUCUGUGUAG